AGAUUUGGUAUAAUGCCAACUGUUCCUGAAGCUUUAAUGGUUGCCAGUUUGUCGCAGAAGUCACUGCGAAGAAAGGCACAAAGCUGGCCAGAACGUAAAAGGGUUAAGAAAAGAACAAGUUCAUGCUUCUAAUGGGCAUGGUUGAGCACGAACCAGUAACCCAGAGCCAAAGGAAGGCAUCCAUGUCAAACUGAAGCUGCAAGAGAAGAGUCAUCUUGCUCCGGCAUCACGCAAUAGCUAAUGGCCUGAUAUGAUCGUCGUGGCAUCAUCGCUGCUCUGCCCAAGCCCAACUCCCUCCCUCUUUAAAAAUUGCAAGCUGCAAGCCACCCUCUCGGCAUCUCACAAGUGAAGUAUCACUCUACUGGUGCUUGCAACUAACUUAACUUGCAGCAGGUAGCAGCAAUGAAGCUAGCCACGAUGAGGCUCCCCACCGUCCUGGUCCAGAUCCUCCUCCUCCCAAUGCUGCUCUGGAUUUCUGCUGUCAUCAAAGGGGCGGACGCCGGCGGCGUCGGCGUGAACUACGGCACGCGGGGGACGACCCUCCCGGCGCCAGCCGACGUUGCGCGGUUCCUGGUCCGCGAGACCGUCGUCGACCGCGUGAGGCUCUUGGACGCCGACCCCGCCGUGCUGCGGGCCUUGGCCGGCACGGGCCUCGCCGUGGACGUGACGGUGCCCAACGGCGUGGUCCCACGCCUCGUGAGCCUGGCCUUCGCGCGGCGGUGGGUGCGCGAGAACGUGGUCCCCCACGCGCGCGCCGCCACCAACAUCUCCCGCGUCCUCGUCGGCGACGAGGUCACCACCGAGGCCAACCGGACGCUGCUGCUCGCCCUCGUGCCGGCCAUGCAGAACCUGCACACCGCGCUGGCCGCCGAGUCCCUCCACGGCCGUGUCAAGGUCUCCACCACGCACUCGCUCGGGGUCCUCACCUCCACGGAGCGGCCGUCCGCCGCCCGGUUCCGCGACGGCUACGACGCCGCCAUCGUCAAGCCGCUGCUCCGGUUCCUCCGCGCGACGGCCGCGCCAUUCAUGGUGAACGCGUACCCGUUCUACGGCCUCACCAACGAGAACGACACGCUGGACUUCGCGCUGUUCCGGGUGAACUCCGGCGUCGUGGACGAGGGAUCCGGGCUGGUGUACAGCAAUAUGCUGGACGCGCAGCUGGACGCCGUGCACUCGGCGAUCCGGCGGCUGGGGUUCGGCGACGUGGACAUCGCCGUGUCCGAGACCGGGUGGCCGUCGGCCGGGGAGGACUGGGAGGUGGGCGUGGGGAAGGACCUCGCCCGGGAGUACAACAGGAACGCCAUCCGGCACCUCGGUUCCGGCGUUGGCACCCCGCUCAUGCCCAACCGCACCUUCGAGGUCUCCAUCUUCUCCCUCUUCGACGAGAACCUCAAGCCUGGCCCCGUGUCCCAGAGGAACUUCGGCCUCUUCCGCGGCGACAUGACGCCGGUUUACGACGCCGGCAUCUUCACUGAUCCGGAGGUCGUUGAGCCGGUGAGCACGAAAGUGACACCGGCGCCGGGCCAGGAAGCGACGCCGGCAGCGACUGGGCGGCAAUGGUGCGUGCCAAAGCCGGCGGCGGACGAGAUGAUGUUGCAGGAGAACAUCGACUUCGCGUGCGGGCAAGAGGGCAUCGACUGCGCCGCCAUCCGGCCGGGCGGCGUCUGCCACGAACCGGACACGGUGCAGGCCCACGCCGCGUACGCCAUGAACCUCUUUUUCCAGUCCAACGGCCACCAUGCGUUCAACUGCGACUUUGGCCAGACCGGCGUCGUUACCACUGCUGAUCCCAGUUAUGGAGAUUGCAUAUUCAUGUGAAAAGUAAAGAACCAUCACAUGACAAGAUUUCUGUUUUUUUUUUGGUCUUCCAUACGUGUCAAAUAGUAUACUGUCCUUAGCGUAGUACUACAUACAGAGCAGCUACAUAAAUGAGCCACAUUGGUUCUGGAGCACUGUGUGCAACUUUAUAAACUCAACUAGUAACUGUACACUGUACUUUUUGCUACAUUGGGAGAAGAACGUCUGCUUGGGCUGCUGCUCUGGCCAUCUGAUCUUUUACGACAUCAACUUGUAGCUGCAAAGCUCUUGGAUACUUGCUGCUACCAGUAGUGUGCAGGUCGAUCGUGAAGUCCUCCUUGUUGACAUGUAUGUAUAAAGUUAAAUGUCAUGCCAAAAUUCGAGGAAAUGGCCGUAACAUAUUUGGACAUCUGAUGAUAAA